CAGCCUGAUGCGAGCCUCGCGAACCCGACCGGCUCACUAGACGACAUCUCUAACCCACGGGUUGUUCGAACUGAUUCCUGCAAACGCCGCGCGGCUGAGGCGGCAUCGCCGGGGUUCUCAUAAUCAUCAGUGCGAACCGGCGCUACGACACUGGAACUGCAGUGAGCUUAGACCCCGGUAGCGGUCGAGAAACAACGUAAAACAUCGGUUCCAGAUGAAGGCAUACGUAUCUCCGCUUCUGUCGGUUGUUGCGAGCGCGGCGCUCCUGGGCCUUGUCCCAGUCGCCCUUGCACACGGCGAUGACCAUGGUCAUGGAGAUGGUGGCAUGGGCGGCAUGAAAAUGACCGACGCCGACAAGCCUCUGCCCGAGGACCAGUAUCCUCCCACGUAUUUCGCGCACCCCGACCACAGGGUGGCCGUCUACGGGCAUAUUGCUCUAAUGCUGUUGGCAUGGGUAUUUGCGCUACCUGCUGCUGUUAUGCUGUCGCUCGCCCGAUCGCGAUACGCGCUCGUGGUGCAAUUCGGCUUCCUGGCCGUGAACGGCGGGGGCGUGCUGUUGGGGGUCAUCUACAACGCCAGCACGCCCGAUCUGUAUCCGAACAAUGCGCACCACAAGCUUGGCUGGCUUGUGACUUGCGUCGUGAGCGCACAGGUGGUGAUCGGGUUGUUGGCCCGUGUUGCCGGCAUGUUGAAGCGGGAAAGGUUGGCAGAGGAUCCCGAUGAGCGCCAACGCUUCAUUCCGGUAUCCACAGAGGCCAUGGCGGAGCACGAGACCCGCUUCCCGGCGCCGUACGGCCGGUUCUCUAUUGACAGCGGUCAGGGCACGGAGCCGAGGACAGAGUCACUCCGCAGCCAUUCGCUUUCAGACCCUCCGCCGAGUCCGCGAACCAAGGAGUAUCACCACAGCGAUGCCGAUUCCGAUGAGGACCUGGAAGCCCACCUACCAACGUUCGCCAAAUCUACCAAGGCUCACUCAAUGGUGGCCAAGAUCGCAGGGAAGGUCUCAGACCGGCUCUGGAAAGUGCUCCUUUUUACCUACAACGUCGUCGACCGGACGAUUCUGAUCCUUGGCUUCAUUGCUGUGUGCACCGGUAUCAUCACUUUUGGCCGGUUCUUUGAGGGCCCGGGGAUCUUCACCGGCUUAGCGCAUUGGAUCAAGGGUGGUGUCUUCUUCUGGUUAGGCAUCUUCACCCUCGGUCGCUGGGCGGGCAGCUUUGGCGAGCUCGGAUGGGCCUGGAAUGUGCGUCCUAGAAAGGCCGGCCAGAAAUGGCGUCCUUCUGCAGAAUUCGUCGAGAGCUUCCUCAUCUUCUUCUACGGCUCUACAAACAUCUUCCUCGAGCAUCUCGGUAACUGGGGCGGUGAAUGGAGCCCCCAGGAUAUGGAGCAUAUCUCCAUCACCGUGUUGUUCAUUGGAGGUGGCCUGUGCGGCAUGCUCGUGGAAUCGACCCGCAUCCGCAGCCUCCUCAACUACACGGUUACCGACGCUAUGGGUGAGCUCACGUACAACAACCGCGAUGAGGAACGAGACGAGCUCCGGGAACCGGAAAGCUACUCCUUCUCCAUGAAUCCCAUCCCCGCCCUGGUCAUCCUCCUGACGGGCAUCAUGAUGAGCUCCCACACGCAAGAGAGCAUGAUUUCGAGCAUGGUGCACAAGCAAUGGGGCGACCUGCUGACGGGUGCCUCCUUUGCCCGCGGCCUGACGUACCUGCUUACCUGGCUCAAGCCGCCGAGGUCAAUCUACCCGUCCAGGCCGCCCACUGAGCUGCUGACUUCGUUCGGUCUCAUUGCCGGGGGUAUUAUAUUUAUGGCUAGCUCGGGUGAUACCGUUAGUGGCAUGAUCCACUACCAGCUGGAUGCCAUGUUCAUCUACACCGUCACCAUGGGCCUAGUGGGGCUCCUCAUGGCUUGGGUUAUCAUGAUGGUCGCACUCAAAGGCUGGGCUGCGCGCCGUGAAGCCCGUCGGGCUUAGGCCCGCACCGAGGGGGAACGGGGCCCGCAGAUUCC